GACAGAAGGAAAACUUUAAAAGGUUUUGUUACAUAGUUUUCAAAAUGGAUAUUAAAACAUUCUGCAACAAAUUACCGAAAAUUGAAUUACAUGCUCAUUUAAAUGGCUCUCUUUCGGAAAGUACAUUGAAAAAAUUAUAUGAAUUAGCCAAUUUACCGAUGGAUGCAUUUGGUCUCAUAUUUCAACCUAAUCCGAAUAGAAAUCUUCAAGAAUGGUUUUUUAUGUUUGAUUUAGUUUACAAAGCAACAAAUUCUCCAUUAGCUAUGACAAUUGCCACAAAAGAAGUAAUUGAAGAUUUCGCCAAAGAUAACGUAAUUUACCUUGAAUUACGAACAACUCCACGUUCAAUUCCGAAUAAAAUGACAAAAAAAGAAUAUUUAGAUGCAAUUAUCACUGGUGUUAAUGAAGCAGUAUCAUUAUAUCCCAUUAUUGUUAAAUUAAUUAUCUCAAUCAAUCGAAGCAAGAAAGAUGAAGAUGAAAUUUUUGAUUUAGCUAUGGAAUAUCACAAAAAGUAUCCAAAUUUAAUUGUUGGUAUUGAUAUUGGUGGAAAUCCAAUUUCAUCGGACUGGAAACCUGAAUUAUUGAAAAAAGCUCGAGAGUAUGGAUUUCGAAUCGUUAUACAUACUGCAGAAGUUCCUAGGGAAACAGAAACAAUGGAAAUUUUGAAAUUUAAGCCCGACAGAAUUGGGCAUGGAACUUGUAUACAUCCUAGAUUGGAUGGUAGUGAUACAACUUGGAAAUUAUUGUGUGAAAGUCAAAUACCAGUUGAAUGUUGUUUAACAUCGAAUGUGUGUUGCCAAGUAUACGAUGGUUAUGCGAAUAGCCAUCUUAAAGAAUUAAUUGCAGAUAAUUUACCUUUUACAUUAGGCACUGACGAUAAAGGUAUUUUUCUAACAAAUUUAUCUGAAGAGUAUGAACAUGCAGCUGAAACAUUUAAUUUGAAUAAAACAAAAUUAUGGAAAAUAAGUAAUAAUUCAGUUGAUUAUUCAUUUGCAACAGAAAAGGAAAAAGACGAUUUACAUCGAAUAUUACGAAAAUGGAAAGAAGAAAAUCUAUUUGAUUAA